AUGUCAAUAUCAGAUCCGAGAACAUCGGCAGAGCAGCUGAACAAAGAGCAUCGCGUUCCGCUAAUCGAGAAGAGCGUACCACAGGUCAGCAUUAUUUUUCUCACCUUCUUCAAGGAUCUCUGGAUUCCCUAAGAACGAAGUCAGUACAAAUGUUUUCAAAGUCAAGCCUAUUGUCCAGUAAACAGACUUUCCAUUCAGCGUUCACUUUGUAUUCUUGUCAUCCAAAUACCUAUUGUUCUUGUAAUAGGCACCAUUCAUUCUAAAGGGUAAACUGAAUUGAUUCCGAUUUACACCUGUCCCAGAUAUUUUUGUAAAUUCUCCCAUCCCUUUUUUUAGAAUCCAAUUGUGAAUCUUGGGAAAUUUUCAGAGUUUGGCAAGCAAUGUGAAAGUAGGAAAAAAGAGAAAGAAAGCAGAAACCGAAGGAGUCGAGGGGCUGCCUCCAAGUUCGGAAGACAACGCUGGGUGUCUGAGCGGCCUGCUCUUCUCCUACGUCGGACGUUAUUGGUGGAGAACGAGAAAUGCGGCAGAGGAUAAGGAUUUUCUGGAGCAGCCAUCCCGGAGAAUCACUGCACACUACGCUGCGAAUCGGCUAGAGAAGUCAGUUCAUUUCUCACGAAAUACAGAAAAAGUGCGAAUUUACAGAGCAUGGGCUGAGAACGGAUCGUUUAACCGUCAUUUUUUGGUUGGAGUAUGGCAUUGUACGAAAUUCAGUGUGAUGCUCCAUGCAAUGACCUUGUGCUUGGAGGAGGUGGCUCGAGUAGCCCAGCCGUUGUUGCUGAGAGAGCUCAUGAGUUAUUACGAUCGCAAAAUAUACCACGAGUUUCCAUUUCAAAUGGCCGUGAUAGGUGCCGUACAAAACAACACAACGUUCAACAAUGCUUACAUUUUCAGUGGCCGCCUUGCUUUCUCUACUCUCAUUUGCUACGGUGUUUAUUCAUCAUCCGUACUUCCAUGGACUGUUAAAAGUGGGCAAUGACACGAGAGUCGGAACUGGCGUCUUGCUUUACAAAAAAACGCUCCGACUCUCACUCACAUCCCUUUCGGAAACCUACAGUGGACAGUUGAUCCAAUUGCUGAACACGGACGCAGCAAAGUUAGAACAAGCAUUUCUGUUUAUCCACUAUGUUUGGUUGUGCCCAAUUUUGAGUUUCUGCUAUGGUGUUAUGCUGUGGUAUUAUUUUGGAUUUACUUGUCUAACGGGUUUUCUCGUGAUGAUGAUUAUCGUGGGUUUUCAAGUGUACCAUUCGUAUCAAAUGGGUAUCAAUAGGUAGGCAAAAUAUCAACACGCAAAAAUUCAAAUGUGUGUCUUUACCAGACAUGAAUUGGCCGAAAAAAUGGAUGCAAGGUUAAAGGUUAUGAGUGAAGUUAUCACUGGAAUCAACGUCAUCAAAAUGCACUUAUGGGAAGAAGCCUUUGCUAAAAAGAUCAACCAACUACGAGAGUAAGAAUCUAAAGUUUCUAAUUUUUGAGCUGUAAAAACUUUCAGAAAAGAGAUGAUUGCCGUAAAGAGAUCAGCGCACUGUUCGGCUAUAGUCAUGGGCAUGUACUUUGUGUCCUCGAAGAUCGGUCUCUUUGCCUAUAUACUGCAGUGCUUGUAUUACAAUGAGAAAAUAACAACGGAAAGCGUCUUCACAGUGGUUUGUUCUAAUAUUUGUGUACGAUACAAUGGCAGUUUUUUCAGUCAGCUCUUUACAAUUCCAUCAGGUUGCCAUUUGCUCUUUUCUUCCCACUGGGUCUUCUUUUCGGUAGAGAAUUGGUUUCCACGAGUCGUCGUAUCAACUUCUUUUUCCGGUUGAAAGAGUAUUCACGUAGAGCUCCUUCUAGAAAAGACACAGAGAAAACGAGAUUUGCUCAGAACGGCAACUGUGAGAUUACUUUGGUAGCUGCAAAAACGUAAGGCGUAUGCCUAAAGAUUAUGGUUUCAGAAUGCUCAGCCGCGCGUCACGUGGAUUCUUGAUGACAACAGACCGGAAGAACCAAAGAUUAGCCUUACCGGACUGACUUCAGUUUGGCAUGAUGCUAUUGAGAAAACGACGCAGAAAAAGGCGAAACGAGCGCAGGACGAUAAUACUAAUACCUCCGUGAACGUCAUCUUUGCUGUCAGAGAUCUGUCUAUUGAAUUCGUUGAUGGUAACUGUUAUGGAAUAAUUGGUCCAGUUGGAAGUGGAAAGGUAUUUACAAUAACACAAAAGUUUGUUUUUAUUGUCUCACUUCAGUCAUCUCUCCUCCUAACCAUUCUCUGUGAAGCUCAAAUCACAAAGGGCAGUCUAGAAACACGUGGAUCUAUCGCUUAUUGCUCCCAAGAACCGUGGAUUUUCACUGGUUCGGUUCGAGAUAACAUUCUGUUCGGUAACGAUUAUGAUGAGGAACGGUACAAGAAAUCCAUAGAGUUGUGCAUGCUUAAUCACGAUUUGAAACAUAUGGAGAAAGGCGACGAAACCAUUGUGGGUGAUAACGGAUCGACACUUUCCGGAGGUCAGAGAGCACGAAUUGCAUUGGCGCGGGCAGUUUACGCUGAUGCGGACAUUUACUUGCUUGACGAUCCGCUUUCAGCUGUGGACAGCUAUGUUGGCCGUCAACUUUACGAAAAGUAAGCUUUCACGCACAAAUUUUCCUUGAAUUCUCUCAUCGUUUUCAGUCUCAUCCGAGGAUUUCUGUCUGCCAAGCUUGUCAUUCUUGUUACUCAUCAAGUUCAUUUCUUGAACACUGUGAACACAGUAAUCCUCAUGAAAGAUCAUUCAAUUGUUGGGUCCGGACACUUGGACGAAUUGCAAUACAAUUUUCCUGAGGAUUUCGCAAAUAUUCAAGUAAGUUGAUUUUCUCUAGUUGGGCUCGGAACACCGCGUUUUCAGUCACAUCUUCCCCCAGAUGACGAAGAUUUGUACGACAAAGAGACAACUUCUUCUGCUGUUUCAUCUCCUCACAAGGCACCUGAGAUAUCUUCUGAAAUACUUAUCGAGCAAACAAAGUCCGAUGAAGAACCUUUUGAACCAAGCAAAGAUGAGGAAAUGCCGGCAGCUGUGCCGAACACUGAAUCAAGAAAACGGGGAACGAUCUCAUUGUGGGUGUAUUGGCAGUAUACAAGAGAAGUGUUCAAGCCGGUGACUUAUGGUUUGGCUUUGACUAUUUGCGUUGUGGUCACUCAGCUUUUGACCAACUUCCUCGAUUGGGUUCUCAACAAAUGGUACGAAUAACAUAUUAAUUCAUUCGUUUGCCAAAUAAUUCAUUUCCAGGCUCGUUGGACUUGAUGAGUUGAAAUCUUUAAAUGGAACUGAUAGUAGUGCAUACCUUUCCACAGUCUCUGUUUUCGGACUCAAAUACACCGUGUCUCUCAUAACCUAUCAGAAAACGUUCAUUUGGUGCACAAUCAUAAUGUCAGUACUAGGAGUAUUGAGAUCUGUUUGGUUCCGGAACGCCCAGUUGUCCGCGUCUCGUUUGUUACAUAAUUCGAUGUUCAGCCGUGUUCUUUAUACACAGUCUGAGUUUUUUGAAAAGAACUCGGAAGGUAUAUACAAACUGUUCGAAUCACUUUACUUUCAGUUUUUCAGGUACGAUUUUGAAUCGUUUCACUAAAGAUAUCGGGUUGACCGAUGAUCUCCUGGCUUUCACUUAUUUUGAGUUUAUUUUUGUAAGUUUGUAUAUCUUAACAAUAUGAAUACUACAUAUAUUAUUUCCAGGGUGCAUUGACGUUUUUCGGAAUUGUCAGUUUGGUCAUGGUCGUGAGACCAAUUGUGUUCGUAGCAUGCGGUCCCAUCACCUUUGGUUUUUAUAUCUGUAGAAAGUUUUAUGUCGCAAGAUCUCGAGAAUUGAAGCGAAUUGAGUCGGCAGGUGAGUAACAAAAACGAAUAUUUCUUUAGUUAAUUGAUUCCAGCCCGGUCUCCUCUCAACACACUCAUCACUUCCACUAUUUACGGACUUCCAAUCAUCCGAGCUUACAGAAAAGAAAAAGAAAUGAUUGAGAAGUUCUGUGUUCUUCAUGUAAGAAUGAUGUUUCAGUUCCUCUGUCACCACGCAAAUCUUUCUAGGACAUUUACAUGGCUGCCUACAACAUGGGAAGCCUUUCGGCCCGUUGGUUCGGUAUCUGCAUCGACUUCUUAGUGUCCGUUUUCGUCUCAAUUGUCUCGUUUGUCGUUGUCGUCCAAUAUGGUAAGUGAAGUGCCCCCACCCCGCAUAUCCUGUUACACCACACCGAUUUGUAGAAUCUUUGACUGUCGGCGAAGUUGGAUUGUGUCUUGUGUGCUCGGUCCAGCUCAGCGGAUUCUUCUCGUGGAUAAUGCGGCAGAGCGCCGAAUUGGAGAACGGAGUGAGUUUGUUUUUUGUCCCUCUCGCCCUUCCCCUCUUGCGUGCCUCCUCUCACAAUAGAGCUGACUAUGCCCCCGCCGGAACAUCAUGAAUUAGGUUAGAAGAGUUUCGAUCAAUGGUCAAGCGCCAACCGCUCAAGUGGUUGUCGCAUUUCCACACAUCAUAACAAACACAAAUGGAAUGUUUGCUUGCGCCAAAUGACACUACCGUUGCCUCCCCCGAAAAUCUGCUCUUUUUAUUCUGAAUGGGCACAAUGUCGAGCAAAUGUUGCAAAAGAAGACAAUGAAAACACACUCGUGGGUGGGAAUCAAAAUGAAACAUCGGUUUUGCAGAUGGUUUCCGUUGAAAGAGUCCUGGAAUACACCGUUUUGAAGUCCGAGGAAAGUAUGCGCAGGCCUCAUGAACCGUAUUUGGACGAUGAUUUGGGUCAAUCAUGGCCAGCAAAAGGAGAUAUCGAAUUUGAUAAUGUGUCUGUCAAAUACGGAGAAACAAAAGUUCUGAAAAAUGUUACUUGUGUGAUACUUGGAGGUCAAAAGGUUGGCAUCACAAUCAGAGUCUCCAAAAUUGAAUAUUAAAUGAGUUCAGGUUGGCGUUGUUGGACGAACUGGUGCAGGAAAGUCCACACUUAUCAAAAUACUGUUCGGAUUGAAAGAUUACUGUGACGGGCACAUUUUUAUUGACGGAAUUGACCUGGAUCAUGUCAGUUUGAAGUUUAGGCGAGGUGGAAUGUCCAUCAUCCCACAAGAACCAGUUCUGUUUUCUGGAACUGUCCGGGAGAACCUCGAUCCCUACAAUCAGUACGAAGACGCAACCAUUUGGGCUGCGUUGGAACAGGUGAAAAACGAAAUACAAUUUUAAUAACAGAAAUAUGACACGUGAAUUGCAGUGUGAUCUGAAAAAGGCAAUUUCAAGAGAAAAGGGAUUGCAAGCACAACUGGGUAAUCAUGGAGUGAGUCUUUCCGUCGGACAACGUCAGUUAUUCUGUCUGGCCCGUGCAAUGAUCCAUCGCUCGAAAGUGUUGGUUAUUGAUGAAGCAACUGCCAAUGUAGACGGAAACACCGACGCCAUCAUCCAGAAAACCAUUUGGAAAUGCUUCGAAAGGUCCACGAUUAUCACUGUUGCGCACCGCCUUCACACCAUUAUGAACAGUGAUCGGAUAAUGGUAAGAGGUUUCUAAGUGCAAACAGACUUUAUGUUUGCGAGUUGCAGGUGUUCGAAAAGGGAGCGCUGGUAGAGUUCGACAAACCGAUAGUGCUGUUGAACGAGCCGACUUCGCUUUUUGCCAAGAUGGCCGCUCAAACUGGCCCCGUGAAUUUCGAAUCUUUGAGGCAAGCCGCAAAUCAUUAUGCUCUUGAAGACAACAUUUCUUAUACUGAUGAGCAUGAUUGA